AUGGGUAGCAGACGUUUAAAGCAUAAGCAAGGUGCUCCACCAACUUUGGAGGAAUUUCAGGCCAAGAAGGAAAGACAUCAGCACAGGAAAGAAAAAACCAAGAGAGUUAGUGAAGAAGAUAGAUCUGAUGAGACAAGGAGAAGUAAGAAAUCCAAGAAAUCCAAGAAGAACCAAGAGGAUGAUGACGAAGCAGCAGCUUUGAAAGAGUUGAAAAAAGCGGAACAAGAGUUACCAGAAGUUGAUUCGAAGGAACUAGCAGCUGCCAAGAAGACUUUGUUCGAUGAUGUAGAAGAAGAUGACGAGGAGUUGAAGGAUGAAUUUGACUUGGAACAAGAAUACGAAAAUGAUGAAGAUGAUGAAGUCGAGGAACGUCCAUUGUUUUCUGAUGAUGAAGAAGCUGAUAUGGAUGAGUUGAACGCAGCCAAUAUGGAAGCUUUGUCUAUGAAAUUAGAUGAAGAGGCCAAAUUGGAAGAAGAGGAAGCCGAGGCUGAAUUGGUUGAAACUGAUAAGAUGCAACCAAGAGCUGAAAUCUUACCGAAUGCAGAACAAGAAGCUAUUGAAGAACAAGGGCCUCCAGAUUUAACAGCUAUCAGGACAAGAAUGAUUGAAAUCGUUAAGGUUUUGGAAGAUUUCAAGACUUUAGGUGCCGAAGGUAAGUCGAGAACAGAAUAUGUUGAUAGAUUGUUGAAGGACAUCUGUCAUUACUUUGGUUAUACUCCCUUCCUUGCAGAGAAGUUGUUCAAUUUGUUCUCUCCUGCUGAGGCUAUGGAAUUCUUCGAAGCUAACGAAAUCGCCAGACCUGUAACUAUCAGAACAAACACUUUGAAAACAAGAAGAAGAGAUCUAGCACAGACCUUGGUGAACCGUGGUGUUAAUUUACAACCCAUCGGUAGUUGGACAAAGGUUGGUCUACAAAUAUUUGACUCUCAAGUUCCAAUUGGUGCUACCCCAGAAUAUUUGGCAGGUCAUUAUAUUCUUCAGGCAGCUUCCUCUUUCUUACCCGUAAUUGCAUUAGAUCCUCAAGAAAACGAACGUAUUUUGGAUAUGGCAGCUGCCCCUGGUGGUAAGACUACUUACAUUUCGGCUAUGAUGAAGAACACUGGUUGUGUUUUCGCUAACGAUGCCAACAAAGCUAGAACAAAGUCAUUGAUUGCCAACAUUCAUCGUCUUGGAUGCACCAACACUAUUGUUUGUAACUACGAUGCUCGUGAAUUCCCUAAGGUGAUUGGUGGUUUUGAUAGAAUCUUAUUAGAUGCGCCAUGUUCCGGUACCGGUGUUAUUGGUAAAGAUCAGAGUGUCAAGGUGUCUCGUACGGAAAAAGAUUUUAUGCAAAUUCCACAUCUACAAAAGCAACUUCUAUUAUCCGCUAUUGAUUCUGUGGAUUCUAACUCUAAAACUGGUGGUGUCAUCGUAUAUUCUACUUGUUCUGUCGCUGUAGAUGAAAACGAGGCUGUUGUAGAUUAUGCUUUAAGGAAAAGACCAAAUGUAAAGUUAGUGGAGACUAAAUUAGCUAUUGGUAAAGAAGGUUUCACCAGUUAUAGAGGUAAAACUUUCCAUCCAAGUGUAAAGAUGACUAGAAGAUACUAUCCACAUACCUAUAAUGUUGAUGGUUUCUUUGUUGCUAAAUUUCAAAAGACUGGCCCAUCCAAGUUCGAUGAUAAUCAAGCUAGUGCAAAGGAGAAAGAAGCUGCUGCAAGACAAGAAGCUGUUGAAGAAGGUAUUAUUAAGGAUGACUUUGCUUCCUUUGAUGAUGAAGAUGAUGAAAGGUACAUCGAAAGAUCAAAGAAGGUUGGCCUUCUAAAGAAAGGUAUAAAUCCACACGCGAAGAAGCCAGCUUCUUCUGAUAAAAACAAGAAAUAG